GUGUGCCACCGAUAGGAGAUGCAGCACCGGAAUGAAGAACAUCGAGAGGAACUGAUUUCCCACUCAAUUCCACAACUAUCGGCACUGUGGUCGGUUUGCAAUUGAGGCUCGGAAAUGAAGAGCAGUGCAAUUUCCUUGGUGUUGUCUGUGAUUCUGCCUUUGCUGGGGAUGGGAGCGUUCGUCCGAGCAGCGGUGGAUAUAUUUUCCGGAAUGGACUCGACUACGGAGGAGUCUACCGAUAUCGCGGAAUCGGAAAUCGAUGAAAGCUUACCGACUUGCGUAUCGGACGUCUACCCCAAGGAUUCUAUUCAGUUUGACGGGAAAUUGUUCUCUUUGGAGUCGAUAAACAGCACGAUUCGGGCGAUUCCGAAAGCGCCCCCAAUGCCGGAUCUCACACUGACGUGGAGCCGUUUUACCAACAUAUUCCAGCUGCCAAGGAUUUCCGAAAUGGGCCUGGAGUUAAAAACCAUAAUCGAUGAGUAUCGUGCUGUGGCUCAGCUUUACACCAACCAGUGGAUGGGAUUCGUCAAACAACGUCACCAAGCUUCGAUGGCGAAAGUCCAUGCUACCGUGACGGAAAUCAAUAAGAAGAUCCACGACUCAUUUGCCAAUCACUUGGAAGAGUUUCGGGACGUGUGCCUUCCAGAUUCGAACACGUGCCUGCAGAGUAUUCAGAAGGGCAUCGCCAGCUAUGAGCAACGACUGAACGAGAAUGUGGCCGCUUGUAGAAUGUUUGCGAAGCGACAGGUGGAUCAACACGAAGCGUGGAUUGAGCGGGAACGGAGUCUGCUGGAGAGGCCUUUUCUAAGGGUGGAAGAUUGCUUCGCGGCAGGACGAAUCGGAAUCAGUUUAGAUUCCUGUGUGGGAAACAUGGUUGGAAGCGUUGCGAAAGUUGCGACCAAUGGCAUGAACAGAUUUUCCGGUGCCAUGGCAAACGUUUCGGACAGCCUUACCGUACGGUUGGGAAAGUUCCAGGAAUGUGUGGUCAACCGCAAGAAGUUGCUGGAUCGAGGACAGGAGCGAAUUGUCGAACAAGCCCGGGGGUGCCUGCAAAAGCAACAACAAGAACAAAGGCCCACGAGCGCUGGAGAGGUUUUCGGAGGCGACGGGGAAGAGGAUGUCGAUGAUGUGUUUUGAUUGCACGGUGUCUGCCCGGAAGGAGCAUAGAUAAUUAUAAUAUUGAUACGAAUUAGCCACAUUAGUGCAUAUUGAUGACAGCCAUUUGUGGGCGACGGCAGCAGCGAUGCUUUGUUAGUGUUCGUGACAAUGACAGGGAAUGGAUGAAGCUCAUGGGAUUAUGUCGUACUGGUUUGAUGGUAACGCGAUGCC